AUGGGUGAAGAAGUAGAAUGGGCGAAGAAGAAAGGCGAAGAAGAAGAACAAAGGGAAGAGGAAGAAGGGCAAAGAAGAAGAGGAAGAAGGGGCAAAGAAGAAGAGGGCAAAGAAGAAGAGGAAGAAGGGGCAAAGAAGAAGAAUGUAAAAGAGCGAAGAAGGGCGAGGAAGAAGGGCGAAGAAAAAGAAGGGCAAAGAAGAAGAAGACGGGCAAAGAAGAAGGGCAAAGAAGAAGAGCAAAGA